CAGGCGCAGGAGGCCUGUGGGGCCCGCGGAAGAUUGGCUUUGGGCCGCGCUGCUCUGGCGCGAGCAUGGACCGGAGGAAAAAGCCCCUGGACGUCACGGCCUCCUCGUUGGUAGACCUUAAGGCCGAACUCUUCCGAAAACAAGAAGAAUUCAAACAAGAAAAACUUCUAAAAGAUUCUGGAGUUUUGGGAAAACCAAAAACAACUAAUAAGAAACCAAGUAUCUGGAGCAAACAGAAUGCAGGAGUUUCCAGUCGAGCUGAGAAGGAUGCUGAGCAGAAGACUGAGGAACAGAAGACUUUAGACAAAUCAAGGGAAAAAUUGGAAGAAAAAGCCAAAUUAUAUGAAAAAAUGACUAAAGGAGACUUUAUAGAUGAAGAAGUGGAGGAUAUAUACCUUGUGGAUUUCACACAGAAGAUCAUAGAUAGACACAAAGAAAUGGAGGCGUUUGGUGCCAAUAGAGAUUCUAGAAAGGCAGGAGAACGAGACGAUGAUGAAGAAAAUCUUUCUGAAAAAGACAUACCUCCUCCCCAGGACCCCAGUGAAGAAUGGGUGGAUUAUGUGGAUUCUUUAGGGCGAUCCCGGCGCUGUAUGAAAAAGGAUUUGCCAGAUCUGCUGGAGAUGGACAAAAAACUUCAGGGGAGGCUUUUUGUUAGUCCUGCUAAUGAAAACACCUUACUCUCUGAAGAUAUGAGAAAAGAACUUCAGCGCCAGCAGUGGGAGGAAGAAGAAAGGGAGGCCCUGAAAAGGCCAGUGGGGCCCGUACAUUAUGAAGACAUUCGUGAAAACGAGGCCCGGCAACUUGGUGUUGGAUAUUUUGCCUUUGCCCAAGAUAAAGAGUUGAGAAACAAGCAAAUGAAAACAUUAGAGAUGCUACGCGAACAGACAACAGAUCAGAGAAUAAAACGAGAAAAUAUAAAGGAAAAGCGAAAGGCUAUGUUAGAAGCAAGACUUGCUAAACUCCGACAAAAAAAGAUGAAGAAGUCAAAAGAAGCUGGAGCAGAGGAGGAAAACAGAGAUGGAGGUGUUAUUGGGCCUUUGUCGCCAGAACCAGAGGCCGUGCCAACUCUGCAUACUGCUGCCCAGGGUAGCAAAGUAGAAGUCAUUGUUGAGGAGAGGAAGGACACGAGGCCUGGAGUGCCACACAUCCGGGAGUGGGACAGAGGAAAAGAAUUUUCCUUUGGGUACUGGUCGAAGAGGCAGUCAGAUCUCCGGGCUGAGAGAGAUCCUGAGUUUGCCCCACCAUCAGAUUACUUUGUGGGUCAAAAGAGAGCUGGUUGCUUCGGUAGCCAGAGGUGGAGCAGACCUGCCCCUGCGCAGAGUGACCCCGGGCAGCGCUAUGGCCAAAGCCAUGACCCCGGUUCUUCACACAUGUCAUCCACUCCUGCCCCCAGCAGCCCGCCGCAAGCCCCCACGGUCACUUUCAAAACUCUGGAUGAUAUGAUAUCAUACUAUAAACAAGUGACAUGAACUUAAAAAACAUUCUGACUUGAGUUCGUGCUGUUGAGGGUGCCUUCCUCUCCAAGAAUGGGCAAAAUAACUUAACUUUAGGGACUGAAUUGUACUGUUCUGUUCCAGUCCUUUCCCUAGGAUGGAUUUGUUGGAUUUGUUGGAUUUGUCAGCAAGGAAGAGAGUGAAUGGCGCUGUGGGAACUUGAUGGCCCUUGGCCCUUCCUUUCUUUCUAGUUGGUGUGGAGACGUAUUCCUCUGGAUUUACGUUUAGCUGUGAGAGAGGAGAAAUAGUCUGUAUUAUUUGACACCUAGGAGCUUGUAGCCCUGUCUGUUGCGUACGCACCCCCACGGCUCAUUCAGAUCUAAGGCUCCAUGCCUUUUCUUUUGCAAAUACUAGCAUGCAGAUGUCUUUGUUCCCAGGAUUCAGCUUCCAGAUCCGUUAAUGGAGCAUCUCUCAGGAGGACUUUUUGCCUGUCCCACGGUGGCCAAUGAGGGGACACUGUGUGGGAGGGCAAGUGACCUAGUCUCCAAGAGGACCCUGAAGCUGGUGGACUGUUAGACAAUGACAGUUGAAAGAUAAGGAAGACCAGGGAGGAGAACUUGGUAAUCCAGAACGGUAGAGGUUGAAGUCACUUACUGUGAUUGUCAUCCCAUCCUAAGUGGCAGUUAUCACCACCGAGGCACAGUGGGCAUUCAGUGGGUGUGUGUCGAAUGGCUGGGGCACAUGUGGAGGCUGCCGGGCCUGGUCAGACAGCCAGAUACUCCUUAGCUGUAAGAGUUAGUUUUUCAGUUCAGCCUGCCUCCCUGCUGUUCCCACUCUAGGCCCUCAUCACUCUCGGAGCCAGGUCACCUCAGAAGCCUGAUUGGAGUAGACGUGGGCUGGAGUGAGGGGCAGGUAGGUCCCUUCAUCUUUACUAACAGUGGGGGUGAGCAGGGCUCUGGAAGGACUUCCUGUGCCUGAGUACUGUCUGCAUCUUCUGCCUGUUACACCUCAGUGUCCUCUUUACAGCUGCAGGCGAGCAGUAGGAGUUGGCCAACCAGGCCCACAGGGCUCCUACGGCCGCCUCCCAGGCCAGUGAGUCCUAUAAGAACAUGCUAGAGCAGAUCUUCCAGUGCUCGAAGGAGCCCGCCCUCCCGUGGGCUCGGUGAUGCGCAGUCUCUGUGGUGUUGAUGGGAGUGCCUCAUUCUCAUGGCAUAUUGCAAACUGGAGUGCAGAGAGGGUCAACGACUCAUCCAAGGUUAUGUGGCACCUAAAUGGCAGAUCUGGGACUUAAAUGCAGUUUGUUUAGGCUCAUGUUUGUUCCAGACUCAUGCUUUCUCUGAUGCCUUCUGCUCUCAGGCUUGUUGCCCCAAUAUCAAGCAGUAUUAGACAAAAAUCCCAAAUUCUUGCAAACUUAACCUCUAAACUCCAUGUCAUUGGCAGAGUUUCAGUCCUGUUGAUGGUCAUUCUGUCGGCCUAGUUAGGCAGAUACCUCUUUGAAAUAUGAAAUUUAAACAAGAAAAUGAUAAGCUGAUCCUAAAACUCAUAUGCAAUCGCAGGGGACCCAGAAUAUCCAAAACAGUCUUGAAGAACAAAGUUGGAGGACUCACACCUCCUGACUGCAGGACUUACUGCAAAGCUACAGGAAUCAGAACAAUGUGGCACUGACAAUGAGCCAGUGUGGACCAUUGGGACAGAGUUGGGAGUCCAGAAAUAACUCCACACGUCUGUGGUCAGUUGAGUCUUGACAGUGGUGCCAAGACCAUCCAAUGGGGAAGAACAGUUUCUUCAACAGAUGAUUCUGGGACAUCUGACUGUCCACAUGCACAAGAAUGAAUCUGGGCCCAUACCUCACACCACAUACAAAACCAGCUCAAAACGGAUCGAAGACCUCAAUGUAAGAGCUAAAACUAAAAAAACAACUGAAAUAGCUUGUGGGACAAAGGGAGAGGAGACAAAAAGAAAAAUUGCAAUAUCAAAAAGAAAAAAUAGAAUUAUUAGAUAUCCUAGAAUCA